AUGUCGCCGCGCUUCGUGGUGUGUCUGUGUGCAACGACAGCAGCGCUCUCUCCCAUCCACGAAGCUCUGCGCAGUCGUCGCACCGUGCACAACUUCGACAACUCGCGAGACGUGCCCGACGACGUGUUGCACCGCGCUAUCGAAGCCGCGACGUACGCGCCGAACCACAAGAUGACGGAGCCGUGGCUCUUCCGGCGGCUCGGCACCGACGCCAUCGAGGCGAUCGCGUCACUGAAUGCCGCGUCGAUCUCCGACCCCGAAAAAGCCGCAAAAAAGGCGAAGCGCUGGGCCGACAUCCGGAACUGGCUCGUGGUGACCUCGCGGAUCACGCCCGGAGACGACUUAUUAACGCGGGAGGACUACGCGGCGACGUGUUGCGCCGUCCAGAACCUGCAAUUAUCCUUCGCUGCCGACGGCAUCGGUGCGAAGUGGACGUCUGGGGACAUCCAGCGGACGCCGGAGUUCGAAAGGAUUUGCGGCGUCGACGGGAACGCGGAGUGUGUUUGUGGAGUCAUCUGGUACGGCUACGCGGCGGACGGCGCCGUGCCGGCGGCGCCGAGGCGGAAGCUCGGGGUGGACGAGAUUUUGCUAAGUGUACCUUGA